UUUUGGCACGAUGGACUCUCAGCCGGAAUCUGCAAUGCCCAAAAUGGUGCAAAUAGACGUUUUCUCGUUAUCUAGCAUAAUGCUAGUCGCUGUUAUGUGGGGUGCAACGAACCCGUUCAUUAAAAAGGGAAGCAUCGGGUACAACAACCUACAGGCAAACAGCAAAUUAGGUCAACUGUGGCUAGAGAUUCGGUUCCUCGUCUCCCGAUGGCAGUACAUACUUCCGCUGGUUGUAAAUCAACUGGGAAGCAUCGUGUACGUGUUGACGCUUCAACGUACGGAAUUGUCUCUCACCGUACCGAUGACGAAUUCCUUAACAUUCGUCUUCACCGCCAUCACGGCAAGACUGCUUGGCGAACGACAAUCCGGUUGGAGAGUCUACUGCGGCAUGGCACUAGUUGUUCUGGGAACUAUCAUCUGUGGAGUCGAUAAAAUGCUUUGAUCGCUGUGUGAACUGCAUUAACUAAAUCGAGAAUUGGUUUAUUGUCAAGGCAUUUAUUGUGAUAUGUAAAAAAAUUAAUAAUUUGUAGAGUUAAUAUAUUGGUAUCAAAAACGUUCAAGACAAAUACUUCGUAUAUCACGCUCCCCACCAUUCAGUCAUUAUAUGCUAGAGCAAUGAAUUUUGAAUAAAUUUAAGAAGAGAUAAACGUAUGCCAUUUCGGCCACUUAUAA